GGUCAGUUAGAAGUCAUCUUGGAGGACAGAGACAGAGCAAACGACUGUUUUUAUCUCUUCGAGCUGGACUCCAGCGCAGUCUGUCCUGCUGUUCAGUCCCAUCUCAGUGCUGGCUCCAUAAUACUCAUCAUAAUCUUCUGUCUCGUGGCCGUUUAUCUCAUUGGAGGUUUCCUCUUCCAGCGGCUGAUCGUCGGAGCCAAAGGGAUGGAGCAAUUCCCAAAUUAUGCUUUUUGGGUAGAAGUUGGGAACCUAACGGCGGAUGGCUGUGACUUUGUGUGCCGGUCAAAAAAUCGAGAGGACUCUCCAGCUUACAGAGGAGUGUCCACAGAACCUGCAGAGGAGGAGCCAGAGGAGAGAGACGACCACUUACUACCUAUGUGACCUCAGUGUGUCAGGAACUAGACAAAACGUUUCGCCGCGAGAUACAGAUUACCGGUACUCUUUUUAAAGCUUUGACGAAGUUACUGGUGCACACGUCUGUUUUUCUUCACCGGGUUUGAGUCACUUCCUGCUUGUGUUCUGUACUCUUCUUCCUCUAGAACACGGCUAUUCAACUGGCGGCCCAGUGGCCAAAUCAGGCCCACAGAUGAGCUCAGUUC